UUCUAGAUCUCCAAUAUACCAUAUAGUGGGACUGAUCCACCGUGGAAGGGAAUCAAUCCGAUCUGAUCUUAUCGAUAACGAUCAUCGAUCCGCCACUCAGCCCCUGUGACGUAUUUGGCCUCCGAAAUUCUUGAACAAGAUGGCUACUGCUACUACCACUGAGUAUCGACGUCAGAAAAUAGAGUAUUCGGUGGACAAGCCGCUGAACAAGGAGCCUCCUGUGAAGAAACUCAUAUCGAGCUUCAUUACUCCCGAAGACGCCGCUUACGAUCGCAACCAUGGCCCUAUUCCGCAUCUUGCAGGGGAGAAACACCGCGUUGUAGUUGAUGGGAUCGUAUCGCGCCCCCUUUCACUCUCUAUGGACGACCUCCGGACCAAAUAUCCCCAGCAUGAGGUCAUUUGCGCUUUACAAUGUGCCGGAAACCGACGUCACACUAUGCGGACUCUCCUGAAGGAAGUCGAAGGAAUCGAUUGGAUGGACGCUGCAGUGAUGAAUUGCAAAUGGAAAGGUCCGCGUCUGAGAGAUAUACUGAACGCUGCUGGCGUGAGAAGCAUAGUAAAGCCUGCAAAAGGAGCGAAGAGCGGUUUGCAUGUUGCGUUUUCGUGCUAUGCGGUCCAAUGCCAGAAUGACGAUUGGUUUGGCGGCAGUAUUGACCUGGAUACAUGUCUGAGUUUAGAUGCGGAGGUUAUUUUGGCCCUGGAGAUGAACGAUAAACCACUAUCUCCAAAGCAUGGUUAUCCCGUUCGAGUCGUCAUUCCAGGUGUUGCAGGUGCCCGAUGGGUCAAAUGGCUCGACCGAAUUACUGUACAGCAGGAGGAAUCGUCAAACUUCUACGAACAGCACGACUACAAGAUCCUCCCUCCUGAGGUAGUUGAUUCGAAAAUCGCAGAGAAAUAUUGGAACAAAGUCCCGCCCAUGACUGAUAUGCCUAUCAACUCUGUCAUCGCUGUUCCAGAUGACAAUGAGACUGUCAGUCUUUCUCCAUCCGGAACUAUUGAAGUCAGAGGCUACGCUGUUCCGCGAGGCGAUCAAGGACCCGUCACACGUGUAGAAGUUUCGACAGAUGAUGGCAAAUCAUGGAGUGAAGCCGAGAUCCAAAGCAAGCAUGUGAAUAAGUGGUCCUGGGUGCUCUGGAAAGCAUCAAUCCGUAUUGAAAAAGGGCGUGGAAAACAGAUUCUAAGCAGAGCCACUGAUGCAGGAGGGAAUACGCAACAAAAACAUUCACAGUGGAAUUUGCGGGGCGUGGGGUAUAAUGGGUAUGGAGUAUCUAGGAAUUUGACCAUCGUAUGAACUGUUUGGCUUUGUUACCUUUCAGAGCAUGGUGUCUGCGUGAGGAAGUCUUUUGAGUAUUCUUACACUUCAUCCACAGCAUGUUGCAAGGGAGCUGGUAAUCAGAACUUAUGGAAGCUAGCCGCAUUAACUGAAUCGUAUCUUUCUACAAAGUAAAACUAGCAUCGAAGUUGCAGUGCAGACCCCCAACCUAGGAAUCUCUGUGAAUAUCUAGUUUUUAUUCAAACAUCAAUGAUGCGGAAUCUGGUAUUCCCACAAAUGAAGCAAUGAAUAUCCAGCAGUGAAAGAGA